AAAAAAAAAUUCACUAAUUGAGAAUGAGUUUGAACGGAGAGAAGGGAAUGAUGAAACGGUCAGAUUUUGCACAGAAGUUGUUAGAUGAUCUUCGUGUAAGGAAGGAGCGGCUUUCAAUCUCUCAGGAUACAGAUAACUAUGCAUAUUCUAAAAGAAGAUAUAAGGGAUCUAGAGAAACCAGAGCAAAAUCUACAACAUUUCAAGAUUUCAACUAUGAAGGAACCAAGUUUCUCACUAGCGAGUCUUCAAAUCAGAUACUUCCAUACGGAGGAAAAGGCCGGAGCAUUGAUCUAUCAAAAGCAUUAGCAUUUGCACUUGAAAACGCUGGAAAGGCUACAAGAGAAGAUCCAUCAGGGAAUGCAUCAAUUAUUAGCUUCCUUCAUGAAGUAGGAAAAAGAUCUUUGGGGUUUGGAACACCAGAAAGAAGAAGCAGUCAGCAACAACAGCAGCUUUGUUCAAGUAGUCAACAACAACUUCCAAUGGUUCAUGUCCGUAUCAAAGAAAUAUCAAAGGGAGCUCAAAAACUGAACCAGAUCAUUAAAGCAUGUAGUAACAGCCUCAGCUUUAGAAAAGGAAGAUACUCAAUACAAUGUGGUGAAGGACACAUGGAAGGUGCCAUUGAAUUGGAAGAGUCUCUUCGUUUGCUUGUAGACAUUCAACAAGCUUCUUCUGAGUAUAUCACCAAGAAACAUAGUCAAAACAGAAUCAAGAUACUUGAAGAAAAUGAUGAUGAGGAAGAAGAGGAAGAAGAUGUUUGGAAUCGAAAUAAUCGGAAGAUAAAAGAAUCCGCAAAGGCGGAUAUCGAAAUGAGACUAUCGGCGCUUAACAACAGACACAGAAGGCAAACAAGUAGCUGUGAAGAUAAGCCUCAGAAAGGAAGGAUUCCAAAUGUUGUUGCGAAGUUGAUGGGAAUAGGAGAGUUUCCAGAAGAGGAAAAAGAGACCAAUGAUGCUUCCAUCAAGUAUGCAGAGAGUUUCACAAGGUGUGGAGUAACGCAAGAUAAUGAAAAUAAUGUUGAAUUAAAGGAUCAAAGGAGAACAACAUCAUUGGAUUUGGUAUUUCAUAAGGAGACACUGAGAAGUACUAAUGGUAUAAAUUACAAAGACAAGUCUCAGCAGAAGGAUGAAGCAAAAAGCAGAAAAGGAAACAAGAAGGAUGGAGAAAUGAGGAUGAAAAAUGCUAUCAGAAGGAACUCAUCUCCAACAGAAGAUAAACCUAAGGCUGUCACAAGGAGCCAAGAAAAGCCUUUACAUAAACUCAGUUUCGGGAAGAAAGAUGAAGAAGCAAAGAGCAUCAAGAAAGUGAAGUUGAAGCAAAAAAGGCAUCAAGAACAUGGCAUAAUGACUAAUCAUCCACCAAAAUCUUUGAGCUCAGUACCUGUCAUAGACAAAGCUAAAGCUCCGAGGAAAAGCUUUUCUCAUGUUGAAGUAUUAGAAAAGAAAAAAGGAAGAGAGGUGCAUGAAGCUGAGUCAAUCCAAAAGAAAAAUCAGGACACGUCUAAUAUAAAUGGUGGGUUUUGCAAAGUAAUGAAGCAACCAGAGAAUCAGAAACAUGUUUCCAAAGAAGCAAAUGAAAAACAAGAUCAGUUACUCAGAAGUUACAAUGACAGUAACAAGACCAAAGCUGUAGAAGAAGAGACAUGCGUCAAUACUUCUGAAGAUUCAGGUGUUGAGGUCCAAUCAUCAAACAGAAACGUGUUAGAGCAAAAGAGAGAAAUCAAAGAUGACUCAAUUCUGCUAAUAGCUGCAGAGAGAGUCCUAUGCCAAGCUUCAUCAGACAAUCAUCAAGAGCUCAAGUUUACAGAUGUGGUGGAUCAACAGGCUCCAAUAUCAAAUUCUGAUGGAAAUUCAGACAGAUUUUCCAAGACAGUAUGUAAAGUUGUUUCAGCAAGCAAAGGGGAGGUCGAAGCUGGCAUACCUUUCUCGGAGAAGCGACAAGAACACCGAAAACAAGAACCGGAAGAGACAUUGUCUGAAAAUGAAAUGAACCUCAAGAAGAUAGUUGUGAAAAGUCAACUAUUUCUAGACACAUUAGAAGCACUUUUUAAACUCAACAUUCCCCUCAACGUUCUUCAUGAAGUUGGCGGGAACAACUACUACCAAGAAGACAAGAACCUACUCCUCGAUUGUGGCUACGAGAUAAUGAAACGAAAAGGAAAAUUUCAAGAGUUAAGUGUCCAUCCUUUCGUGAAGGUACCCAUCAGUUCCUCUAAAGUUAACUCGUUGGACCAUCUUGUUAGACAAUUAAGCAAAGAGUUCGAGAAGCUGAGAACUUACGGUAGGGAGUGCUGCACCGAAUCACUUGUUGAAGACUACUUACCAAAAGUGUUGGAAAGAGAUGUUUACUAUAAAGACCCAAACUUAAACUCCAUGUGGGACAUGGGUUGGAGUGAUUCGAUGAACGCCUUCAUCGAGAAAGAUGAUGUUAUAAGGGACAUAGAGAGGGAAGUCUUCAAUGGACUCCUGGAGGAGAUAACCAGAGAUCUUAUAUGCAUAUAGCUGUUUCUCUUAAUAUUCCGGGUCAAAAGUGAGCGUUUUAGGUUCGAGACAGUAUUCCAUGUUCCUUAACAUUUUGUUUAAAAGUAUAUAUUUUUUACCUCUUGUGAGCAGAUAAUUGGUACGGAAAUCGAAUCAAUGAGCAGAGUGAG